UAAUGGUUGACAAUUUGACAUGUAAUAAAAUUUACGAAAUAAAUUCGUAAUAUUUCGACUGUUUACCUCAAUAAAUAUGUGACUUUUCGGUUAUUUUAGUUAAUUGUACGGUUAAUAAGUGGUUUGGCUACUAUAUCUCAUUCAUCUUUCUUUAUUCUGUCCGUGCGAAUUAAAGUGUCACAAUGGAUAAUGCAGCUAUACAAACAUUGGAGGCGGCUGCUCAGAUGCUGAUGGCACCGCCGCAAAUAGUGACAUCAGAGCAGCGUCACCAAGCAGAAAGUGUAUUCCUAGAAUUUCGGAGCACCAAAAACCCUUAUCAGUUGUGCAGAGAAAUUCUAGAAAAAUCGUCAUCGGACUACGUACUUUUUGAAGCAGCUGGUUUACUGAAGGCUGCUCUCAUCAGAGAAUGGAGCUUAUUGUCUGAUAAUGAUAUAUCCUCAUUGCGAGAGUACUUACUGAAUUACCUUCUGAGGAAGGAGGCUCCACCGUUUUUGCGAGAAAAGCUUUUGCAGACUAUUGCAAUAAUCAUCAAAAGAGGUAGCAUCGACGAUGGAGGACGCGAAAGGAAAAACUUGAUUGCUGAACUGGAGAAAAUUAUUCUUAGCUCACCGAUUAGUCAGCAAAAGUUGGCCUGUUCCCUAAUCCUGGCUAUUAUGCAAGAAUUCGCUAUAACCGUUAAAUCUGCUGAUGUCGGUCUUAUAUGGGAAGUCCAUUUCCGUCUGAAGAAGUCUUUCGAAGCUCUGGAUUUGAAGAGAAUAUUUAGGUUUACUGUAGGCGUUUUAGAACAAAUAGUUCGCUCUGGUCAUCGUCCGGAAGGCGAUCAAGCUAUAUUGACGAAGCAGCUACUAACUAUAGUAGAGACGGUGUUAUGUUGGAGUCAUGUGUCGCCAUUACUGUCGAAGAGGUUGAUUGGCGCAUUCGAGGCUAUUUACGAAAGCGAUACCGCGCCUGCUUUGCGUUUAAGCCUAAGUUGGCGGGAUACUAUCAUGCAACCUGAACUAUUGUCGCUUUUCUUCGAGAUACACAUGUAUGUGAGAUCCAACCCUGACUUAGCUAGUCCUUCUCUCACGUGUUUGGUGCAACUGGCUUCUUUGAGUGGGGUGUUUGUAUCAGCCAGUAAUUUGAAACAACAGUAUUUGGAGAAUUACGUGAAUAGUUUCUUGAACAUGAUGGCGUACAUACAGCCGGUUGAGAGAGAAAUGCUUGGUAUCUCGGAUAUAUACCGGCGACUGAUACAGUUUUUCCCUCCGGGGUUGAUAGCAGCGACGCCGCUCGCGUUUCUGCAGAAUCUAACUUCACUGACUUGUCAUUGCAUCAGGGGGUCAGUUGUUGAGGAAGGAGUAAAUGAUGACACAGUAUGGAGAGAGUCUCUGAACAAGUUUCUUCAUAGCUGGAGUUCUCUAGUCCAUGAAACUGAUGGAUACACAAAUGAGACAUUGAUGAACCCAUGUAUUGAGAUCUUCAACACUUACUUACAAUGCAGAUUGGCACCUCCUGAUGGAACAAGGACUUCAGACAACGCAGAGGAUGACAUAAAGGAUGAAUUGGAAGAGGAUGAACGUAAACUACACAGCAAUGUUCUGCUGACUAUCGGCGCGAUCGCAAGGAAGGCGCCUGCACAUUGCUGCCAUGUGCUGUUUACGUUGCUACAGGAUAGGAGUAAACAGCUAGAAAGUCAAUUGCAAUUGAUGCACAUGGGAAAACUGCCCGUCAGUGGCGGAGGUCAUUUAGUCACGUUGUUUGAAGACCUGCAUUGGAUUCUCAUGAUCACUGGUCACUUCCUAGCUGUGGACUGCACUGAAGGAGAAACAGUAAUGAUUCCUUCAGAGAUCAUCAGUUACAGUUUAAUGGAAAACGCCAAUAUUGACGCCUCUCUCAGAUAUUUGGUCGGGGAGAGUACUAAUACUGAAAAUGUUGAUCCCAUUCUUAAAUUGGUCGGUGAGAUAAUGCGUAUAAACGCAUGGGAAUGUGCCGCAUUAGAAGCUGGUCUGGGCAGUGUGUUUAGUCCCGAACUAUCGGCCACGAUCUCCUGGCUGCUGAAGAUAUGGGCUAACUCCUACCUGAUGCCACAGCCCUCUGUCUAUUCUGAGAUGUCGCCGAUCCUAGCGUGCGCGUUCGGUCGCGGUUCGCGCGGCGUGGGCUGGGCGGUGUCGCGGCUGGCGGGCCGCGCCGCCGCCUGCCUGCGCCACCAGGCCGCGCAGCCCGCCGCCGCCACGCAUGCCACCCAGCUGCUCACUACACUGGCACACUCGCAGCACAAGCAAAAUCCACUGGCGAGUUGUGAAGAGUUCCUAGCGCUUUUGCAAUGGGAGGCGGCUGGUUGCAAUCUCCCGGGAGAAUUGAGGAAGGAAUUGCACCGGGCUUUCGCUAUCGCUGCUACUUAUGCUGAAGGUGACGUCCGAAACCGCUUACUUUCAAGUACAGUCUCACUACAAGAGAAGCUAAUGAAUCUAAUCAACAUGGAGUCUGAUACGGAACCCGUACGCAACAUGCUCGCUGAUACGCUUGAUUGUUUUAUCGGCGUCACUGAAGGUGUCCUAGAGGUUGGAACAAUGGACGAGCAAUUCAUGAUGCUGAUCGGUGCCUUAGACAAGAUACCCGGGAUUAUAUUCAGAUAUCACAAUUAUCCCGGAGUGGUGUUGCCAGCCUUGAAUUUACUCGCCAAGAGCGCGAAGAGAAUGUUGCACUCUGUACAACCCCAAAAUGUUAACAAAUUCCUGGAAAUUUGCAAUACUACAUUUGAAGUGUACAUGAGAUGGAAUUCCGGUAAAAUCUCGAGUAUUCCACAAGACGCUGAAGAGGAAGUCUAUGAGGACAUCUGCGCGCUGAUGGAGGUGAUCUGCAGCAUCGCGCGGUCAGGCGCCGAGCGCGGCGUCGGCGACACCUGCGCCCGCGGCCUGCGCCUGCUGCUGCCGCUCGUCACGCCGCCGCUGCUCGCGCUGCCCACGCUGGCGCAGCACGCCUACCGCAUGCUGCGGGACUUGGACAAUGCUGACCAGCUGACAAAUCUGCCAAUGGACGACUUCAACAUGGUAGUGACAGCGUUGCGCGUGGGCCUCACCGCGGUAUCGUGUGACGUGUCCACGUUAUGCUGCGACACCAUAGUGGGGCUGUCCAACAAAGUGCGGACACUAGGCGAUGACAACCCGUACGCAAUGACCCUGCUCACUCUCGCCGAACUACUCCUUAUGCUCAUCAUUAAGAUGGAAAUACCGCCCGAUUCCAUUCCCGCGGCUGGAGCGGCCAUUUACUCCCUCACUUGCGUCAAACCAGCUCUACUGGAAGGCUUGGCAAGGCAACUGAUCGAAGCGUUCGCAGUGAACGAUCCCGCCAACGUCCCGCGGUUAGAGGAAGCGUUCCGUCUGCUCACUAACGGAGUGCUGUUCGACGGCAUGAGAACACACAAGCUCCGCUUCCAAGACAACUUCGACAAGUUCCUAGCGAGUGUACACGGAUUCCUAAUCGUGAAAUAACUACCGUACGUACUGGCUCGGUUAGCUCGCCGGGAAUAUAUGGACGAUGAAAGCUUUGGCUUUGAGUUUGACUAUGACGAUGACAGCGAUUAACGUUGUACGCAAUUCCUGCCUGUUGACGCAGAAUUGCAGUUUUGACGAUUCUCUUAUAUCGUUACGUACUGAACGUGAACCAAAUUGGUGCAAAUGUGGUCUUCGGUUUUGUUUUGCGCGGUUUGUGCGACUCGAAUGUCUGAUAUAUUGAAUAGUUAAGUUUAUUGUUUUAAGUCCUUCCCUGGGCUGUGUCAAAUGUAAUUGAAUACACUAUUGUGUCUAGUAUAGUUUGUUACUUAUUAUGACAUUUUUCUUAGGUGCCAUUAGGAAAAAUGCAAUAUUAAUUUUAUAUUGUUUGGAAAAUUAAUAAGGCCUAUUAAAUUAAUAUUUCACAGGGUGCUGUGACUUUGACUGUUUAGUCCUUAUGCAACAUUAUGUUGAUAGUUGACAUAAUUUACUUACAUCAUUUCGUUGCUUUAUAUUCUGCAAUAUUAUGUUCACAACGAAGUUAUUAUGAAUUCUAUAAAUGUGGUUGUGAAUGUGUAAAAUGCAGAAGUUUUACUGUGGUAUUAUAUAUUUCUUAGGAGUAAAAUGAAGAGUACAUUUUUAGUACUUAUUGCUAGAGCGAUUGUGAUUUCUAUCGUUGCAACUAAUGUUAUUGUAAGAGGAAAGUCCUUAGCACUUUUGCGUAUUAUAUUGCAGGUUUUACUCCGUCUUAAUAAAUUAGUCUAAAUAUUGUCAUCUUGUCAACUUAUUCUUAUAAUGUGUAUAUUAUAUUGAACUUGAAUGCUUAAGAUCUCAAAUGCAAUUUGUUAUUUGAGAAUAGUAAGAACAUUGUUUUGAUGUUCUGUAGUACAUACAACCGACUUUUUUGUGUACGAAUUUACGUAUUAUUGUUUAUAUUUUUCUCUUAAAUUAAGUAGAUAUAGCCGAAGUAUCAAAGCCGUAGUUUAGUCGUUACUUCGAAGCAUACCGACAGUUUUGCCGACAGUCUUGGCAGAUACUUGAACUAGUAUUUUAAAUACAUACUUAGAUUAUUUCCCUGACGCAAUAACUAAAGAUGUUAUUUCCUGUAUAUCCUAUAUUGUAAUUGAAUAAUAUCCACCUAGCUACUAUUUAUUUUUGUUGAAUAGAAUAAGAUUUUACAUUUCAGUAAAUAACAUAAACAUGUGCUUUUAAGAUGCUAGUAUGUUUAAAGAAAACGUAUUUAAAUUACGAUUUUUAUUUUUUUCAAUUGAAUAUUAUAACUUUGUAAUGGAACGUAUUUGUUGUAUAUCAGAAUACUUACAAUUCAAUUAGAUAUAAAUAGAAAAUAUUAUAUAAAAUACAUAUUUUCUUAUUGUAGGUAAUUACAGAAAAAUCGUUAGUAUAAAAUUAAAUGCUCUUACUCUUAUAACUCUAAUAAGGAACAGACUUUUAUGUUUGUUCAGUUGUUAAAAUAAAAAUGUUGAAUUGUUUUUAAAUCCGAAGGCUUGUUGUAUUUCGAAUUAGAACUUGACUUCUAAAGCAUUAAAUGUAAAAUAUUCUAGUGUUCUUAAAAAUGUGACAAGUAUGAGGCUUCAAGGAAACAAGAUUUGUCUGAUUAAUAUAAGCAAGGCAGAAGACGUUUGUAAAUACUCUGAAUAUAUAUUUUAAACACCAUGGAAAGUCUUCUUUAAAUUUUUUGUCAGUAUCUAUUUAAUUAAAUUGUACAAAUUUUAUAAAAUCA